UCGAUUUUUUUGUUAUUGUUUUUCAUUAAUUUGAAAUGUUCAUCGUCAACAACAACAACAACAACAACAACAACAACGACAACAACAUCAACAACGAUAACAACUGCGGCAACAACAACAGUAUCACCAAUACAAAUCGAUGAAGCACAAUGUUUUCAAAAACAUUAUUUUGAAAAAGAUUCUGAAUAUGAAAAAGAAUUUCGAAAAAAAUGUGGCCAAAAAUUGGUGGAUAAUUUUUGUGAACAUGUUCAAUGUUCAACAAUAGAAUCAUGUCCAGAUGGUUAUGAAUUAAUUGAAAAUAUUGUUGGCCGAAAAUGUUGUCCAGCUUGUGUACGAUUAUUAGAUGAAAAUGAUCAAUGUGAACCAGAAUCAAUGUCAUCAGAUGAUAAAUUGGAACGUUGUAAAAAUGGAAUGAUAUGUGAUCAUCGAACAAAACAAUGUCGUUUAUCGAAUCUUGAACAAAUAUCAAUACAAUCACCUUGUUUACGUGAAUAUCAUAAUCGUUGGUCAGUUAGACAAGGAAAAAAUUUCUAUAUAAUGAGUUCAAACAAUGCAAUCAAAUCAUUUUUUCCAAUACCAUAUGCACAUGAACAAUUUUUACCACAUUGUACAUUUGAUGGAAAUUAUUCACCAAAACAACCAAGUAGAAAUAAAGCUUAUUGUGUAAAUCCAAAUGAUGGUAAACCAACAUUCGGUAUAAUCGAUAUGCAUCGUAGUAUAAAUCAAACAUGUAAAUGUUCAGAAACAAUGCAAGAUAAAUUAUCAUUAGCAAUAAAUCGUCUGAAUCCUGAUGUUCAUGAUACUGAAUUGGAUAAAGUUAUAACAAAAUUUAAUUCCGAUACACAUAUGAAAUGUAAAUUUUCUGGAAAUUUUCAAGAAGUACAAUGUAUAAAUAAUACAUGUUUAUGUGUGGAUGAAAAAUAUGGUCGACCAAUUUUGGAUCCAAAAGAAAUUAUCAAUAUAGAUUGGGCUAGGAAAAAGGCAAAAAUUUUAUAUCAACCUAAACAACCAAAAUAUAUACGUUGGCAAUCAGCCGUUGCUUAUGGUGCAAUCAACAGGUUGGUUUGUUUUGAUGAAGAAACACAGAAGAAAAAAGUAACCGAAAAACCAAUUGAAAAAAGUUAUGAAGAAGAAUGUUUUACCGAAGUUCAUCGUUCAAGUAAAAUGAUUUAUCAUUUUGAUAAAAAAGGAACAACAUUAGAAGGAUUAACUAAUACAAAAUGUGGUUUUGAUGAUAAUUAUUAUCGUGUUCAAUGUCCAGAUGCCGCUUGUACAUGUCAUGAUCCGGAUGGUAUACCAAUUGCACCAUAUAGAGCUGAUUCAAAAUUAUCACAAGAAAUUGAUUGUCGUUGUGCAUUGGAAGAAUAUCUUUCGAAAAAUGGUAAAUUACCAGUAGGAAUAUUACGUUGUAAUGGUCUAGGAAAUUUUAAACCAAUACAAUGUAGUUCAAAUGAACAAAUUUGUUAUUGUGUUGAUGAUAAUGGUGCAAGAAUUAGUGAACGUUUUUUAACGGAAAAAAUCCAAGAUUUUAAAUUAAAAACUUCUGGCCAAUAUUUUGUUGAAGAUCUUUGUCAAACUAUGCGUAAUACAUUAAGUGUUACAAAUAAUCAAUUGAUUCAAGAUGGAAAACAUUUUUGUUAUAAUCCACUGAAAAAAACAUUUGAAUUAUGUGAUGAACCAUCAGCGGAUAAUAUUUUUAAAAAUUAAAAUU